UAAAAAACAAAAAAACAAUGGCAAGUACAGAAGUAGCUGAAAAUCCACCAGCUUGGGAACCGUUACGACUGACGCACAUCAAACCAUCUUUCAACAGUCAAGAAUCAAGUCUUGCUGCUCGCCAGGACUUAUGGCACAAGUUUAUUCUUUAUGGUACAGGAAAAUACAAAGCAACUGAGGUAUUAAAGAGGGUUAUUGAUGCCUGUGAUCCUGAAAUUAUACUGCCUGUUAUGUACAAAGAGGAGGGCCCAAACAAAAGCAAGUUUUUGGCCAAAUGUAAUCCUAAUGCUAUUGAAAAUCUUGUGAAACAAGGUCUAUGUGUAAUUCUACAGAAUGGACAAGAGUUACGUAUCGAUAUUGUAUUGGGAUUCUUAGAUUCUCAAGAACUAAAAUUAAAUCCAAAUAGAAUGAUUGCUCAGGCAUUAUAUUACAGAUAUGAACCCACAAAAAAGGUACUGAAUCUUGAUGACUUUGAGAAUGAGAAAUCAUUGGGCUCUAUAUUUUGUCCAGUGUCUUUGCCAAAAGUAUUACAGUUUGUUUUGAGGUGCAGUAGGAUGGGUAUCUUCAACACUAAUCGUGAUUCAAGAUUGCCUAUUCGUGAACUAAGCUUGAAGUAUAAUAAACUUACAGCCAUUAUUUUGUUUGAAAAAUUUUUUAAUUAUCAUCUAACCAAGUUGGAUCUGAGGUACAAUCAGAUUGGUGAUGUGGACUAUUUGCGCUAUUUCAGUGAAUUUAAGAUAAGUGAACUUUGGUUGGAUGGGAAUCCAUUGUGUGAAAAAUAUAACAAGUGUCAGGAUUAUGUACAAGCUGUGAAAAAUAUUUUUCCUCAUCUGCAGAAAUUAGAUGGAAUUGUUAUAGAUACAGAGCAAAAAUUUGUGCCCAAUAUACAAAGUAAUUUCCUAAGAGAUGAUACAAGAAGUUGCCUAAUCAAACAGUUUGUGAAACAUUAUUUCACAUUAUAUGAUCAAGAUAAUAGACAAGUAAUGAAUGGAUUGUACGAUAGAGAUGCACUAUAUUCUAUGACACUGGGGCCUGUGACAAAUUAUGUUCACAAACAAAUAAUUAAAAAAUUUGUCAUGAAUAGGAAUUUAUUGAAGUUUGUUGAUUAUGCCAAGUGCGAAGAAUUUUUAUUGCGUGGUCCGGAGAAAAUCAUUUCUGCUCUUAGAAAUCAACCCUCAACAACACAUAAUUUUAAAUCAUUUCAUAUAGACUUGUUGUAUGAAGAAGACAGCCAUCUGGCAAUUUCUGUGCAAGGAUUAUUCUCUUUCAGAGAAAUUUCAUGUCCACCAAUGUUUUUCAAUAGGACUUUCAUAAUUGCACAAAAGGAAGACAAUGAAUACUGCAUUACUAAUGAUCAGUGCUAUCUUGAUGGGGCACCUGCCAACAGUAAUCUUGCAGGAAACAGUGAGAUGAGGUCGGAAACAAGGAGUGCACCGAAAUUUGAUCCGAUUGUGUUCAGUGUCUCAGAGAAGGAACAGUUAUUAACAUUUCUGCGUGAGCUGACUACAAUGAACAUGAAGUUUUGCCAACAAUAUCUUGAAGAAGCUCAUUGGGAUAUAAGAACUGCUAUUACAACAUUUAUGAACAUGUAUACAGUUAAUAAUGUACCACCAGAAGCCUUUAUAUGACAUA